UUGUAAUCAUUGGCCUUUGAGGCUGAAGCCGUGCGUGAAGGCGCUACUUCAACCUCAGUUCAGGAUCUGGAUCCAAUCAUAGUCUAAAGCAUUGCGCCUCUUUGGGAAGAGAUCCUUUUGCGGAGUAUAGAACUCAAAUGAGUAGUUGGUUUAGAGCACCAGCGAUGGAGGGCUUCCGUGUUCUGGAAAGGGAAUGAAUAACGUCUGCAAGCUGCCAGUAUUUGUAUGUACAUAUCCAAAAAGGAUUCAGAGUUGAAUCGAAACAAGUGAAGUUCAGACCAGCUAGCAAAGGGUUCCAGACCUUCAACAGCGCUAGGAAUGUAGGCAUAAUAAGAGAGGGGGCUAGGGUUUUCAUUCAGGUUUUGCACCAUCUAAAAUAGCAACAACCUUCUUGCAAAGUACUGCUUUUGCCGAAUCUUGCAAUUGCCAAAAGCUACCUUGAAUAAUUUGCAGCCUCAACGCAAGCACCAUUGGAUGGAACACGAGACGGCCAACGAAGUUGAGUUGCCCUUGGAAUGGGGAGACGGACUGCGGCUGGUAGAUAUCGCUCACGGAGCCAGGUUCUGAAGUUGCAGGCCCACUUCUUGUAGAGAAGUGGUGCAUCUGGGAACUUGAGAAACAAACUGGUUGAUCAGAUGGCUUCAUUGAUUGCCUCUUCGCUUGUGCAUCUCGAGAAUGUGUAGCGAGGUCUUGGCCCCAGAGAACCAGCCUAUAUUGAUAACAGGUUCCCCCGGCCCUAUGCUGUCGGUGGGGCGAUACCACUCUGUAUCGCGCUUUCGCAAAGCAGUGCAGCGCCAGUAUCGCACUACAGGCCGGCAGAAGUUCUUCACCUGCGCAAGCUUUGCUUUAGGGUUGGCUCUACUACUCUACAUUCUAUCGUAUACAAUUCCAGCAGGAUUGAUAAUUGUUUCUCAAAAAGGAGCGCGCAAAGAGCAUGGACUGGCACAAGGAGGAAUUGUUCAGAACAAAGAAGGACACGGCAUGUUGAGGGUCAGUGUGAUGGAGGCUUGUCAGAGCCUAGAAGAGCUCGUCCCCGGAGUCAGCCUUGAGAAUCAAGACUUGAUUUGUUGCAAAGAUAGCACGCAACAGUUUUCAUGCCUACAGUGGGACCCAACUUCUUCAAGAGCUGCGAUCUCCAGCCUCCCUUGCGAAAGAUUGAACGAUGAUUUUUGUGAUUGCAUGGAUGGUACAGACGAGCCAAGUACUACGGCAUGUUCAGGCUUUGGAGGUAGGUUCGAAUGUAGAAAGUCACGAGAAUUGAUACCAACCUCACUCGUCAACGAUGGAGUUUGUGAUUGUUGUGACGGCUCUGACGAGUUCAGCACAAUGUCAAAAGCCUAUGGGAAAUGUCCACAUCGUUGUCUAAGAAGCGACUCGAAGUAACUGACAACAUUUGAAGCAUCAUUGUAAGGUGCGUCAAUUUGCCGCGCAUCACAUCAUGAUCUGUCCGACCAUCAAUGAGAGUCGCACAGACCCGUCGCAUUAAGGAUCUAGC